AAGAAAAAAGAAAAAAGAAAGAGAAGAGAAAGCUCUAGCUAUAUUUGUGUCCAUGAUGGCAAAAAUUCUCAAACUAAAUUAAAGGGUUUAAUUUUGAAAUUCAUCUAUCAAUGGCAAAUUCAUCAUCAUCAUCAUCAUCAUCAACAUCCAUGAAGUUAUUGUUGUUCAUGGUUCCUCUUGUAAUUGUUAUGGUUCUUGCUUUAUUUUUCCCUGGUCCAAGUGUUUCCACCACCUUGGUCUUAAAUGGAAAACACAAAUUUUCUUCCUCUUCUAAUAAUAAUAAUUCAUCUUCUUCAUUAUUUUCAAACAAUAAUGGUGGAAGUGAAGAUGUUAUGCUUACUAAUAAGGAGGAGAAGAACAAAACUAUGGCUAUCUCUAAGGUAUAUUCUUUUUCCCUUGACAAUUAAUGAAUCUAGUUCAGCAUGUUAGAUAGAAUAGAAGCUGGUCUGAUUCAAGCCAGAGCUGCCAUUAGAGAAGCUAGAAAUUGGAAUCAAACUCAAGAUCCAGAUUAUGUUCCAGUAGGUCCAAUGUAUUGGAAUGCUAAGGCAUUUCAGAGGAGCUACUUAGAAAUGGAGAAACAAUUCAAAGUGUUCAUAUAUGAAGAAGGGGAACCACCUGUUUUUCAUAAUGGACCAUGCCUAAGCAUAUACUCAUCAGAAGGGCAUUUCAUAAAUGCAAUGGAGAUUAAUGAGCAAUUUAGAACAAGGGAUCCUCAAAAAGCACAUGUGUUUUUCCUUCCUUUCAGUAUAACAAUGAUGGUCAAAUUUGUGUAUAAAUAUAACUUUGACUAUGGUCCCAUAAAGAGAACAACCAUUGAUUAUAUCAAUCUCAUUGCUUCAAGAUAUCCCUUUUGGAACAGAAGCCUUGGUGCUGAUCAUUUCAUGCUUUCUUGCCAUGAUUGGGGUCCUGUGAUAUCAUUUGCCAUUCCAAACCUAUACAAGAAUUCCAUCCGUGUGCUAUGCAAUGCCAACACCUCAGAGAGAUUCAAUCCCACAAAGGAUGUUUCUUUUCCAGAAAUCAAUCUCCUAAGAGGCUCAAUAGAUGAUUUUAUUGGUGGGCCAUCACCAUCACAAAGGCCCAUUUUGGCCUUCUAUGCAGGCAGGAGUCAUGGGCCCGUUAGGCCCAUUCUCCUUGAUCAUUGGUUCAACAAGGAUAAAGAUAUUCAACUCUACAAGACCCUUCCAAAGGGUGUUUCAUAUUAUAGUAUGCUUAGAAAAAGUAAGUUUUGUCUUUGCCCUAGUGGGUAUGAGGUUGCAAGCCCAAGGGUAGUUGAGGCAAUUUACACCGGUUGUGUUCCUGUGUUAAUUUCUGACCAUUAUGUCCCUCCAUUUAGUGAAGUAUUGAAUUGGAAGAGUUUCUCAAUUGAGGUUUCUUUGAAGGAUAUUCCAAAAUUGAAAGAAAUUCUUAUGAGUGUUUCUCCAAGGAGGUAUAUAAAGAUGCAAAGAAGGGUGGGACAAAUUAGGAGACAUUUUGAGGUACAUUAUCCAACUAGGAGAUAUGAUGUCUUUCAUAUGAUUCUUCAUUCUGUUUGGCUUAGAAGAUUGAACAUUAAAGUUCAUGAUCAUUAAUUAGAUAGAUAACCAAGAAGUUUAUAUAAUUUGAGUA